AAUAAAUCCAAAUGGGUUUUUAGUGUCAAUUAUCGGUCUGUAGGUUAAAAAACGUGUGAUCGUUUGAUUAAUCAGAACAUAACCAGUAAACAAACCCAAAAUACAAGUCAAGAAGAUUGAAAUCAUCUUUGAUUCUUUUUUGUUGAGUUUUAAACUUAGUCUCAUCAUAAACAAAGAAAUCUGAAUUCCCAUGAGCAAAGAAGACGAAUCAUGAUAACAUUCACAGGAGAGGAGGCAGAAAAUCUGAAAAAUAAAUGCAUUUUUUGAAUAAUAAAUACUGCAUCUGAUUCCGUCGUGGAUUACGGGUAGCCCGGAUUUUCUCGAUUUAUAGGAAAGAUUUUGGACGUCUUUGUUUCUUCAUCCAACGAUCGAGACGACCCUGUCAAAAGCUGUAAAAUAUGGGCCUGUCAACCAACGCUCCUCAAGUAAAAAAAAGUUAAUUUUUUGUGAAUGUUACUGGUUUCUAUUUUUAGAAUAAUAAAAACACACAUGUGGUACCCACCAAAAACAUCUUGAAUUCUCAUCGAAAAGUAGCACUCCUUUGUUGACUUGAGAGCCCUGAGCGAAACCCUUGGUACUAAGGGACUGGUUCGGUUCUGAUCAAAAUUCGGAACCAAGUCCAUUCAACCUAGGGUUCCUCCUCUCUGUCAGUCACUUCAUCAUUUCAUUCAUUUUUUUACUCCAAAAAAAAAUCUGAAUCUGUAAAAGUCUGCAACAACAACUUCUUCUUCUUCUAGUUCUGUCCGUGUAAGGAAGUACUUCAUCUUUGUCUAGAGAUGAGUACAGGAGCUGCUGCUACAAAGCCAUGGUUAUACCCAGCACCAACAUACAAUUUUGUAGAAACAAAUUGGGAUACUGAUGAAGAUGCACCAGGUCCACGUUGUGGACAUACACUAACUGCUGUUGCUGCUACUAAAUCACAUGGUCCUCGUCUGAUUCUGUUUGGUGGUGCUACUGCUAUUGAAGGGGGUGCUUCUUCUUCUGCUCCUGGUAUUAGAUUAGCUGGUGUUACUAAUUCUGUUCAUUGUUAUGAUGUUCUCACUAGGAAAUGGACAAGGAUGAAACCUGCUGGGGAACCACCAUCACCUAGGGCAGCUCAUGCUGCAGCCGCUGUUGGUACUAUGGUUGUUUUCCAGGGUGGAAUAGGUCCUGCUGGGCAUUCCACCGAUGAUCUUUACGUGCUUGACUUGACUAAUGAUAAAUUUAAGUGGCAUAGAGUUGUUGUUCAAGAUCCUGGUCCUGGACCUCGCUACGGGCAUGCAAUGGACUUGAUUGCUCAAAGAUAUCUUGUUACUGUUAGCGGCAAUGAUGGCAAGAGAGUGCUGUCAGAUGCUUGGGCCUUGGAUACAGCACAAAAACCAUAUAAGUGGCUGAAACUCAAUCCUGAAGGCGAUAAACCUUGUGCCAGAAUGUAUGCAACAGCUAGUUCCCGCUCCGAUGGCAUGUUUUUGCUCUGUGGAGGAAGAGACACCUCAGGCACGCCGCUGUCUGAUGCGUAUGGGCUGCUGAUGCAUAGGAAUGGUCAAUGGGAAUGGACUCUUGCACCUGGGGUCUCUCCGUCCCCUAGGUAUCAACAUUCAGCGGUCUUCGUUGGUGCUCGGUUACAUGUUACAGGUGGUGCCCUAAGGGGCGGCCGAGCAAUAGAUGGUGAAGCUUCUAUUGCAGUAUUGGAUACUGCUGCAGGAGUAUGGUUAGAUCGAAACGGGGUCGUGACUUCAUCUCGAGCAAACAAGGGUGUCGCUGAUUUUGAUGCCGCUGUUGAGCUUAUGCGUCGAUGCCGUCAUGCAUCUGCAUCUGUUGGGGUUCGAAUUUACAUCUUCGGUGGCCUCAGAGGAGAUCAACUGCUCGAUGAUCUUCUCAUAGCAGAAAAUUCUCCAUUUCAGUCUGACAUUAACACUCCAAUCUCCACUUCUGAAAGACCUUCAACCCCAAGAAUGCCCAAAGCUAGUCCACCAGCUCCAAGUCCGUAUCCAACAAAUUCUGAUAGCGGAACCACGAGCCCGACAAAUUCUGAUAGCAGACCAGCAAGCCCUACUCCUCUUGGCGCAAGUUCAAGUAUUGACAAGAAGUCUGUUGACAAACUGGUGGAAGCCUCGGCUGCUGAAGCGGAGGCUGCUAGUGCUGUUUGGCAAGCUGCAAAGGCAGCAUCUUCAGUUCCCACUGAAGAAGCUUCUACAUCAGAUGGCAACAAUGCGCACGUCCCAGAAGUCAUGUCGGAUGGAAGCGAUACAGAAGGAGAUGUUCGGCUUUUUUCAAGAGCUGUAGUGGUUGCUAAAGAGACUGUUGGUAACUUGGGUGGGUUGGUUCGGCAGCUAUCUUUGGAUCAGUUUGAAAAUGAAAGCAGAAGAGUGAAUCCCUUAAACAAUGACCAAGGAUAUCCUAACAAAAAGUUCCUUGCCAGACAGAGGUCACCCCAGGGGUUGCAUAAGAAGAUUAUUUCUUUAUUGCUGAGGCCUCGGAAUUGGAAAGCACCUGCUAAUAGAAGAUUUUUCCUGGAUUCCUAUGAAGUUGGCGAGCUUUGUUAUGCUGCUGAGCAGAUUUUUAUGCAGGAGCCCACAGUUCUGCAACUGAAGGCCCCUGUUAAAGUAUUUGGUGAUCUUCAUGGACAGUUUGGUGAUUUAAUGCGUUUGUUUGAUGAGUAUGGAUUUCCAGCAACUGCUGGAGACUUAACGUAUAUUGAUUAUUUAUUUCUCGGAGACUAUGUCGACCGAGGACAGCACAGCUUGGAAACUAUAACUUUGCUUUUAGCUCUCAAGAUUGAGUAUCCCGAAAACGUUCACUUGAUAAGAGGAAACCAUGAAGCUGCUGACAUAAAUGCACUAUUUGGCUUUCGCCUUGAGUGCAUCGAGAGGAUGGGAGAGAAUGAUGGCAUAUGGGCAUGGACUCGAUUCAAUCAACUUUUCAACUAUCUCCCACUUGCUGCCCUCAUUGAGAAGAAAAUCAUUUGCAUGCAUGGUGGCAUUGGAAGGUCGAUCAAUUCUAUAGAACAAAUAGAGAAACUUGAAAGGCCCAUAACCAUGGAUGCUGGAUCUAUUGUUUUGAUGGAUCUUCUAUGGUCAGAUCCCACAGAAAAUGACAGUAUAGAGGGUUUAAGACCAAAUGCUCGGGGUCCUGGACUAGUCACUUUCGGGCCUGACCGAGUCAUAGAAUUCUGCAAGAAAAACAAACUGCAAUUGAUUAUUAGGGCACACGAGUGUGUUAUGGAUGGUUUCGAACGCUUUGCUCAGGGACAGUUAAUUACUUUAUUCUCUGCAACUAACUACUGUGGGACGGCAAACAAUGCUGGGGCAAUCUUGGUAGUUGGAAGGGGACUUGUCGUGGUUCCUAAACUGAUUCAUCCUCUACCUCCUCCACUUCUAUCGCCUGAGAACUCUCCAGAACGUGGUGUGGAUGACACAUGGAUGCAGGAGCUCAACAUUCAAAGACCUCCUACACCAACUAGGGGUCGACCGCAACCAGAUCAUGAUCGUAGUUCACUUGCAUAUAUCUGAUUGCAGAAGCUCACCUCGGGUCAUAUUUCGUUUAGCACCUGUGAUUCUGGUGUUGAAUCUCAUGUUCCCCAGGUUGGAAUCUUUUAUGGACGGCUUGACGUUGAACAAUGAAGUAUGGUGUAUCAUCUACCACCAUGAAACUUCGAGGCCGUUUGUUUCCUCAAAUACAAAGUACUAGAGGCGAGGCAUUAUUGCGGUGUAUAUAUAAGUUGUGUGAGAAGUAUGGUGGAAGAGGAAGCUUUAUUGUGAGGCAGCGGAUGGUAAUUAUCCGUUUGGUGUAGUGUUUUUAUAAUUCAUCUGUGAAAAGUGAGGCGUGUGAAGAAUUUUCUGGUAUAAGGUAUCUUGUUUGUAUGUACCAUGAGUCUUUAUCUGUUAGGUUCUCUGUAACCUAGUUAGUAAGUUCGCGAAUGAUUCGUGAAUCAUUCGCGAAUUUUUACGUAUCACGAAUUUUACUGUCUUAUUCGCGUACGUUUGCAACUCCGAACCCAAGUAACGUAUUAUGUGGCAUUCCCGGAUU